GAAUGUUCGCUUUUAAUGCUCUUUCUUCAUUUUAGAUAUUGCUUGGAUGACCAAAAGGCUUUAGAAAGAGAUGGGGGAUUUUCCGAACUUCAGUCUCGUCUUAUUCCUUAUGAGACCCAGACCACCUGCACUAGAGACAGUUUUCCAGUCCCCACUGUGUUGAGUCCUCUCCCGUCCCCUGCUGUUUUGUCUGAGCCUCGGAGUGUCCCCGACGGAGAAGCACUACAAAGCGAACUCCGAACUGAAGUUCCUGGAUUGAAAAGGAGAUCUAAGGAUCCAAGCUGCCAUUACCCCCAGAAAAGACUUACAAAAUCAGAAAGUUCUGAUUGUCUGCUGUCUCAAACAAGUUGCAGCGGUAGUCAUUACCGUCCCAUGAGGCCAUCCAGAAAGCCGCAGCCCGAGCGACCUGUGUCAUUGCUUCCACUUCCUCAUCGCGAAGCUUCCAAAGUCACCGCAAAGGCCAGUUCAGGACAAAAAAGUGCACAUGCGUCCAAACCAUCAAAGCAGAUUAAGGAAUCGCGGUCACAGAAACAUACCCGGAUGCUGAAAGAAGUGGUCAAGGACACCCUGAAGAGGCACCGCAUCCCCGAGGCCCACGAGUGCUUCUCUGCAUGCAGCCAGAGACUCUUCGACAUCUCCAAGUUCUACCUAAAG